GUUGGAAGCUAUUAUGAAGAAUGGAAGUACUGCUGGGGGAGGCACUUACUGCCGAAAACCAGCCAGCAGCAAUGAUCAAAGUAAGCCCAAUAGCACGAAGGAGAGCAAUGCAUCUGCUGCAGGUGAAAGUGGAAAAGGCUACACUAAAGACCAAAUGGAAGGAGUAUUCAGUAUAAAGAAAUGUAAAAAUUAUUAUGAAGUCCUUGGCGUGUCAAAGGAUGCAGGUGAAGAAGACCUAAAGAAGGCGUAUCGAAAACUUGCUUUGAAAUUCCACCCAGACAAAAACCAUGCACCUGGAGCAACAGAAGCUUUUAAAAAAAUUGGAAAUGCGUAUGCUGUGCUGAGUAAUCCAGAAAAACGAAAACAGUAUGACCUUACAGGCAGUGAAGAGCAAGCAUGCAGUCACCCUAGCAACGGUAGAUUCAACUUCCAUAGAGGUUGUGAGGCAGAUAUUACUCCAGAAGAUCUGUUCAACAUGUUCUUUGGAGGGGCAUUUCCAACAGGUAGCGUACAUUCAUUUUCUAAUGGUCGCGCUGGCUACAGUCAUCCUAAUCAGCACCGUCAGAGCGGACAUGAAAGGGAAGAAGAAAGGGGUGAUGGAGGCUUCUCUAUGUUCAUUCAGCUGAUGCCUAUUAUUGUGUUGAUUCUUGUUUCCUUGUUGAGCCAGUUGAUGGUAUCUAACCCUCCUUACGCCUUAUACCCAAGAACAAGUACAGGGCAGACCAUUAAAAUGCAGACAGAAAACUUGGGUGUUGUUUACUAUGUCAACAAGGACUUUAGAAAUGAAUAUAAAGGAGUGUCAUUACAGAAAGUGGAAAAGAGUGUGGAAGAGGAUUAUGUGUCCAACAUUCGUAAUAACUGUUGGAAGGAGAGGCAACAAAAAACAGACUUACUUUAUGCAGCAAAAGUGUAUCGAGAUGACCGCCUCCGAAAGAAAGCAGACUCCAUGUCUAUGGACAACUGCAAAGAACUAGAACGGCUGACCAGCCUCUAUCGAGGAGGAUGAACUGGAAUUAUACAUGUGCAUCCUUACGUAUGCUGUUAUCUCUCUUGCAAGUUAAGAAGAGAUUUAGUUUCAUCAGGAAUGCUGGAAAAGAGGGGUGGAUGUAAAACUCUACUGUGUAGCUGUUUCCAGAAACCUUAUGCUGAAAUAUCAUUUAAUGGCUUCUUUACCUACUGUGAAAUAUAGGUACCUUACUUGUUUAGAUAUUUUACUUCAAAGCUUCUGUGAAUUCCUUCAGCAGAGAGAAUAGCUCAGAAAGGAUGCUAUACUUGUAGAGAUUUAGUCAUAGUGGUUCUCCUCUAACAUAUUUGCCAUGUAAAUAUCUGUGGAAAGAACACUUUGUGUAUAUAUGAGUUAAAUGACUUUCUAUUUAAAAUCUCAGAAAUUUAGUUCCAUACAACAUUUUGUCUCACUGAUGGAAUAAAUAGUAUGAUUGCAUCACUCCUA